GUUAACGUUGUCCCCACUGGAUCAAUACGACCAAUGAGGGCCUCUUUCACUCUGCUACCUUUCGAACUUAUGUCCCAUUCGAUCUCACGGUCGCAAUACUUAAGCAUUCCAACGACGUCCCUGGUACUCAGCACUGCCCAGUCGCACACAACAUGAUGUGGACAACCCUCCGCCGUGCCUUGCCUCUUGCUCUUCUCGGAGCUCGUCUCGCCAUCGCUGAGCCGUCAUGGACGUUUGAACUUCAAAACACGACGUCUGGUAUCGUGGCAUUGGAGGCCAUAGUCGUCUCUCCUACUCUCGUUGUUUUCUUCGACAGGGCGAGCGAUGACCCGCUGCAGAUUGACAAUCACUCGGCAUGGGGCGCUCUGUGGGAUCUCGAGACCAGCACGGUGCAGCCACUCAACGUUGUAACAAACUCCUUCUGCGCUUCUGGUGCUCUAUUGAGCAACGGCACUAUGGCGAGUAUUGGUGGUGAUCCUCGUGGGUUCCCAGGUAACCCCACGAUCGAAAAUGGGACGACGGCCAUUCGCAUCUUCGAGCCGUGCGCAAGCCCCGACGGGACGGGAUGUACUCUAUUUGAGGAUCCCCAGACUCUCAACCUCGCCGAACCGAGAUGGUACCCUAGCUCCCUCCGCAUCUUUGACGGUUCCCUGAUGAUCGUCGGUGGAACACACACGAACGCCGCUUUCUACAAUGUCGACCCUGCUAACUCGUUCGAGUUCUUCCCACCGAAGGACAACGGUGUACCACGUCCGUCGGCUUUCUUAGAGAGGAGUCUGCCAUCAAACCUCUUCCCAAGAGUGUUCGCUCUUCCGGAUGGCCGUGUCUUCAUGGUCGGCGGCAACCAGUCUAUCAUCUACGAUAUCGAGGCUCAGACUGAGACCAUCCUUCCCGAUAUCCCGAACGGCGUCCAAGUGACAAACCCAAUGGACGGGAGUGCUAUUCUCCUCCCUCUUUCCCCUCCGGACUUCGUCCCAGAGGUCCUCGUCUGCGGUGGAUCACCCACUGACCCCGCCAUCCAACCUGCCAACCUGUCUUCGCAGACUCCCGCUACGACACAGUGCAGCCGCAUCAUGUUGACGGACGAAGGCAUCGCUGCUGGAUGGCAAAUUGAACAUAUGUUGGAGCCGAGGACGAUGCCUGAGCUCGUCCAUCUCCCCAAUGGCCAGGUUCUGAUCAUCAAUGGUGCUAUGACUGGUUUCGCCGCACUCCACACCGUCGCAGACCCUAUCGGUAACUCCAACUCUGACCACCCAGCGCUCACACCCUCAAUCUACACGCCCGACCUCCCUCUUGGCCAACGCAUCAGCAAUGAAGGCAUGCCCACCACAGACAUCGCUCGUGUCUACCACUCCAGCGUCACAUUGACGCCACAGGGCAAUUUCUUGGUCGCGGGCAGCAACCCGAACGGGAACACAACACUUCCUGGCCCAGGCGUGAAAUUCCCAUCGGAAUUCCGCGUUGAGAUCUUGAACCCACCGUUCAUGUUCGUGGAGAGGCCAACGAUUGGAAGUUUGCCGGAAAAGCUGGCAUUCGGGUCGUCAGUAACUGUGCCGGUGACGAUCCCGUCGAACUUGACGGCGAGCUCGUUGCAAGUAUCGUUGAUGGACCUCGGAUUUUCUAGCCAUGCGUUCCAUUCCAGUGCCCGCCUAGUUUUCAUGAACGCCACGCUCUCAAGCGACCGCACCGAAUUGACGUUCACGACUCCUCCGAACGGACGAGUUUACCCUCCUGGGCCCGCCACUAUCUUCUUGACAGUGGACGAUGUGUCUUCUCCAGGUGUACGGGUCAUGAUGGGCAGUGGUGCGGCGCCGCCAGUGUCGGAGUGAACAUUCCCUACUGCUGGGAGUUUUGUGUGGAGUAAGUUAUAUGGGCAUGUCAUGGGAUUUGGAUCAGAAGAACGGAACGAAGUUAUAUUUUUUUUGAAGGCUUUGUCACGUUAUUCGAGCAUCAUCACACCAUUCUGUUGGAAGUGAGGGAGUGGUCCAGCACGAGGUCAAGUAAACCGAACGCAAUCGAUGAUUUUGGUGGACAUGGGUUGAACAUCAAUAGUCAAAGAGUCGAACAAAUAUAGC